AUGCUCUCCCGCGGAGUCGAUCGUGCGAUUCGACUGAUUUUUGCACUAGCAUGCAUACUUAUUAUUGUGAAACCAGUGUUUCCCUAUGUACUGCCAGAUCCGACUUUCGAGGUGUUAAAGCCGCAAGGUCUUCGAGUCUCUAUACCUGAUGCACCGGAUUUAAGAAUAUUUGGAUUCCACGCCAACAUCAACAAAGCAAUUCGCACUAAUGAAUACGGUCAACUUGCCGGUGAUAUCUAUUCAGCAACAGAUGGCCGUUGGAUUUAUGAGAAUUCGGACGUAACGAUACAAAAUGGAGAUGUACUUUAUUACUGGAUCUAUGUGCAAGCGAAUGGGAUUAAUCACAGAAGGAAUGACCAAAGAUGGACGUAUUCCCUUAACAGUCAAGAAACUACACAGAGCUCCUCAAAAUACGAAAUUCCCACUGAGGGCCGAUUAUUACUUGAAGACUAUUUCAAUUCUUUCAACACAUCAUUAUGGAAACGUGAGAUAAAGAUGCCAUUAGAUCCGGACUACGAAUUCUGCGUAUAUCACAAUAAAAAUCACGAGCAGCUUGUGAAAGUUCAUAAUGGUCAAUUAUUCAUAAGGCCAAUUAUACUGGAAGACUAUUACGGCGAGAACGCGACCGCAUAUGGAAGAUUGCAACUUAACGGAUGUACGAGCAUGAUUGCCUUCGAAUGUACGCGAAAAGCGCUAUCCUACAGCAUUCUGCCACCCGUUAUAUCCGCACGUUUUACCACAAAGGAACAUUUCAUUUUACGAUACGGAAAGAUCGAAAUACGUGCAAAGUUUCCUGAAGGCGAUUGGCUGUAUCCAGAAAUGUGGCUCGAGCCACGUUAUUCUACUUACGGUAUGAACUACGCCAGCGGCCGUGUUCUUCUGGGUUUGACACGUGGCAAUGAGAAUUUGGUGAAUGCCACGGACAUUUCGCAGAUCUAUGACACUAGACGAUUGGAUUUUGGCGUGAGAGUAAGUCCAUCUUCUAAUGAGAUCGAAGAAAUAGUCGUCACAAAAGUAAACGAAUUCGGGCCACGGUGGACGAAGGAUUUCCAUGUGUACACGACGAUCUGGACCAGUGAUGGUUUCACGUUUUUGGUUGACGGUGAAGAAAUUGGCCGAAUAAGCCCCAACGAAGAAGGAUGGAUAAGUGGUCUUCACGCAAACAGAAAAGCUGCCCCCUUCGAUCAAGAGUUUUUUAUUACUCUUGGUGUCGGCGUGGGUGGAGUACGCGUGUUUCCGGAUGGUACACACAGUUCUGGAAUGCAAAAACCGUGGAGAAAUAUAGACGCUAAGAUAAUGACUUUGAAAAAAGUGACUAUUAUUUUAAUCGUCUUCGUUUGGGCUGCUGAUUCUCUGACGGAUUAUUAUCCUCGUUCAAGACGAUCAAGUAAUGAAUAUAUAUUGCACAGAUGUACAGCUACCGCGGAAUUAAUUAGAAAGCACAGGAAUGAGGAUGUUGGAGCCAGUUUACGCAGAGCCGAAGGAAACUUGGCACAAUCGCAAAUGGGACAAAAAGGUUCUCUAAUUGAUGCUAUUCAAUCUGAAACUUCCAAGCAAUUUUCGAACGGUGUUUUUCGACGUAUGACUCAUAUGAGAAGACGUGGUAGUGGACACGCUCGUCGAAUCGCAGGCAAAAAUUUAGCAGAUACACCCCUUAAAACUGUAAAUAUCGACAUACCACAAGACAGACCAUCAGUCUUCAAGAAAAAGAAUCCGUUACCAGAACUUUCGCGCAAUAUAUCUGGCAGAAAUAUCGAUUCGUCGCCACAUGUAAUAAUUAUUAAAUCUUUCACUUAAUAUUU